AUGCUGAGCAUGCGAAAGUUUGUUGCUCAGCUGGUUCGCCGCCUCCGGGUGCUGCGGACCUCCUUUCCGAAGCCUCCGAAGCUCUCGAAAUCGAAGGCGAAUCUCACAGGGUUCAUGACGCGAUACGGCAAGCAGGAGGCGCUGACCAAGGAGGAGCCCGUCUUUGUCGGCGAGCCCGGGCUCGACACGGCCGACCUUCCCCUGGAGCUGCUCGAGAGCGCGAGGCUGGAGGACGAGAGGCGGGUGGCGGAGGAGCCAGGGUCCUCCUCGUCAGCCGCGGCGGCGCCGGCUACGAGGGAGGAGGAGCCGCCGGACGACUUCAUUUGCCCGAUCACGACCGAGGUGAUGAUCGACCCGGUGAUGGCGGCCGACGGGCAUGCGUACGAGCGGACGGCGAUCGAGCGCUGGCUCGCGACCAAGUCGACCAGCCCGAUGACGGGCGAAGCGCUUGAGCACACCUUCCUUUCCCCGAGCCACAUGGUGCGCCGACAGAUUCGAGAGUGGCAGCAGGCGCAUCCGGGAGGGUAG